AUGGACGAGAAUCCCGUUAUCGCAGGCACAUUUUCUGAUAAUGCCCAGACCGCGACUCAGGAGAAUCCGGUCGAGAACACCAGCCAGGUUCCUGACAAACCAGUAGACGGUCCCACGUCUCCUAAGCCGCAGAACCAACCCGAGGACGAGGAGAUGGGUGGCACCGAAACAGUUCCGAAAAAAGAAGCCGGCGAGAAUGAAGAGAAUAUCGAAAAUACCGCUCCUCAACAACCUGCAGAGACGCCGGCGGAGGAGCAGCCCGCUCAAUCAAGCAAGUCAUCUAUUGAGGCAUCGGCGCGCUCACAUCUCAUCGCGCAAACACAUUCCAUCAUUCUCCCCAGCUAUUCCACAUGGUUCGACAUGCACACGAUUCAUCCCAUAGAGAAAAAGGCACUGGCAGAGUUCUUCAAUGGUCGGAAUCGAAGCAAGACUCCUGCCGUUUAUAAAGAUUACAGAGACUUUAUGAUCAAUACAUACCGACUCAAUCCCAUUGAGUACCUGACUGUGACUGCUUGCCGUCGAAACCUUGCGGGAGAUGUCUGUGCAAUAAUGCGCAUUCACUCUUUCCUCGAACAAUGGGGUUUGAUCAAUUACCAGGUUGACCCUCAAACACGACCGUCAAACAUUGGCCCUCCAUUCACCGGUCAUUUCAGGGUCAUUGCUGAUACACCCCGCGGCCUGCAACCGUUCCAACCGGGCCCUAAUCACUUUGUCGCGCCAGGGAAGCCUCUCCCUGCGACAGAGCGCGCAGCUUCUGCUACCCCAGCUUCCAAAGCCGAACUCAACCUUGAAAUCCGUCGUAAUGUCUACGAUGACAAAGGGAAAGAAAUCACACCAGCUGAGGAAAAAGAAAAGCAAACUAAUGGCGAGGGUCCAACAGCGACUAAUGGCACGUCAGGUGAGGGAGCAACCAAGGCCAUGGAGAAUGCAGCUCGGGAGCCUAGAAGAAAAUUCCACUGCUUCUCAUGCGGUAUUGACUGCACUCGCCUUCGAUUCCACUACGCAAAAUCCACACCGGCAACCGCCGCUGCUGUUCCGGAUAACAAGUACGACCUCUGUCCGAACUGCUUCCUUCAAGGGAGGAUGCCUUCUAGCCACAAUGCUUCGGACUUUGUUAAGCUUGAGGAAAAGGGCUAUACAAACAUACCAGAUAAAGACGCACCAUGGACAGACUCUGAACUGGUGUUGCUCCUUGAGGGUCUGGAGAAUUUCGAUGACAACUGGGAACAGAUUGCCAACCACGUGGGCACAAGAACAAAGGAGGAAUGUGUGAUGAAGUUCCUUCAACUUGAGAUCGAGGAUAAGUAUAUGGAAGAUUUGCCCGAUAUGCGUGCACCUCAGGGAAGAGAACCGAUCAGUCCACUUGAGAACCCAGUUUUGUCCGUAGUCGCAUUCCUAGCACAGAUGGCAGACCCUGCCGUGGCGGCUGCUGCCGCUGGUCGAAGUGUGGAAGAGAUCCGCAAGGAACUGAGGAAACAACUUGAAAAGGCCCCUGCAGAGGAGAAGCCACAAGACAAGGGCAAAGAGAAAGAGGGCGAGACCAUGAAGUCGGAAGAUUCCAUGGAGGUGGACACAGUACGUGAGACAGAUACUGCAGAUAGGACCGAUAAGCAACCAAAAGCGUCGCUUCCAACAGUUGCUCUUGCAGCAUCGGCUGCGCGUGCCGGGGCUCUGGCCUCACACGAAGAGCGAGAGAUGACCCGCCUCGUCUCAUCUGCGGUCAAUGUCACCCUCCAGAAAUUUGAGAUCAAGCUCCAACAGUUCAACGAGAUGGAGGAGAUUAUUGAGGCGGAACGUCGGGAACUCGAACAGGCUCGCCAGCAGCUCUUCCUUGACCGCAUGGCUUUCAAGAGAAGGGUAAAGGAAGUACAGGAUGCCCUACAGACCGUCAGCCAGAAGGGACCCAGCGAGGAGACAGACGCUUUGCUUUCGGUGACGUCCACGUCUGGAAUUGGCAACCGUUUCAGCUUCCAGCCAGCAGGAGCUGAUUUGAGGACAGGCACGCAGCCAUGGAGUGCAGAGGCAGGUGCUGACUUCAAGACGCUUGAUUUGUAG